AUGAUCCGAGCCAGUAGCUCCGAACGUCACGCCGUUAUACUGUGGCUGCGGAAUCUGCACCGGGCGAUUCCGUUGUUCGCGUUCGAAACAAAUGUUUUCGUGUUUGCAACUUUCGCGUAUGGACUCGUUAAGACACACGCUUUCUUGGGUAAUGUGACGCCAGAGCAGGUGGACGGGAUUGUAAAGGGUGUUAUGAUCAUGGCUGAUCAACUCGAUGCAAAGGACAAAGGACGAAGGGUGCCGAGCACGAUGGCCGAAGUUGAGGAAUACUUGGCGAAAGAGCUAUCAUUCGAUGUCGAUGAGUUACUGAGCAUGAACAAAGAGACGAAGGAGCUGACGAGUAUACGGAAGGAGAUGAAGAAGCAAGGAAUUGGCAAGUUUCUGAGAAGACCUUUGAGUUUGUUGAAAUUCUUGAUUCUCAAGAACUUCGUCUUCAUAUUAUCAGGGAAUGUUCUAGCACAAGAAGGCACCCACGGUAGGAGCAUCCUCGGAAAGCCGCUCUGGUGGUGCGUGAGGAAGCUUCACUGCUUUCUCUCGUACUUUCAUUACAGUAUGUGUCCUCAGACGCUGACCUUUGAUGGCACUUUGGAUCUCCUGGUAAGUGGAAACCCUCGGAUGCAAAAUGUUCGAGUGGAGUUGUACCGUGAAAUCUUUGGCAGCAAAGGCGGUGCUCCGUCAGAUCUUUUGCUUGAGAAAGCGUCCCUCAACUUCUCAGACAUGGAAGCCCAUCUACCGAAGAUGGAUAUGGACGAACAGCCAAUGCUGCAAACUACUGGAUUUCACGAAGAGGCGACAGAGCUCUUUAAAUGCUCACAUUAUCGUGGCAAGCUCGCCUGUAGCCCCGGCCACCCACCACGACACCUCGGCGUGAUCAUGGACGGCAAUCGCCGCUUUUCACGCAACCAAGAGCUCAGCAGCGUCCUAUGCGGGCACCAAAUCGGUGCACGCAAGCUCCUGCAAGUCAUGUCAUGGGCAUUCAGUUGUGGAAUCCAAAAUCUCACCGUCUGGGCUUUGUCUGACGACAACCUCAAGCGACCACCUUCAGAACUCCAGUCCCUGUUUUCCAUGAUGACCGAGUACAUUCGCGAAAUUCUGAUGGGUGACGCCCCCUUCGCCAUUCCUGGCAUCCGCUUCCGAGUCAUUGGCGACCGCUCCGUCCUCCCCGACUAUCUUAAUGAGAUGAUUGAUGGCGCAGAAGCCACUACGGCGCAUAAUACUAAAUUCAACCUCCAAGUCGCUCUUGGCUAUGGAGGGCGGUCCGAGGUUACGCGUGCGACAAAGAUGGCAGUGAAGGUAAAGAUGGCACUGGAAGAGUUGUCGUUGGAAGAGGCGGUUGAGAGGAUGACGGAGGUUGAUAUCUCCCGUCAGAUAUAUUCCGCGCAGCUGGACUUGCCGCAGAUCGAUGCGAUAUUGAGGACGAGUGGGGAGAACAGGCUAAGCGGAUUCGCAUUGUGGGAAUCGCACCACGCUGAGUUUGCAAUUGUAAAGGAGAAUUGGCCGGCGUUGAGGCAGUCGACGUUCUUGAAGAGCUUACUGGACUUGUCGAAGCGAGAACGACGGUUUGGGGCGUAA